AUGGAAAACGUCACAGAAGAGUUUAUGUUUGUGCUUAACGGUUUGAAUGAGACAGCUACUAAGAAACAUAUCUACUUUGGCUUUGUGCUGACUGCUUACCUGUUCACUGUUUUUGUUAAUUCAACCUUGAUCCUUACCAUUUUCUUGGAAAAAGUGUUUCAUGAACCAAUGUAUUUUUUCUUGUGUAAUCUCUGUAUUAACGCAAUAUUAGGAGCAAAUAGUUUCUAUCCAAGGUUUCUUUUUGAUUUGUUAUCUAAAGUUAAUCAAAUUUCAUAUUAUGAGUGUUUGAUACAGGUAUGUUUUAUAUUUUAUUAUAUCUUCUGUGAAUAUACCUCCUUGACAGUGAUGGCUUAUGACAGAUUUGUUGCGGUGUGCAAGCCACUGGAGUAUCACUCUGUUAUGACUCCUCAGAGAGUUUUGUAUCUGCUUUUAUUCACAUGGCUAUUCAGUUUAACAGAGAUCAUAAUUGGUGCCCUGUUGACAGGUCGGCUCCCUAUGUGUGGCAGACAUAUUGCGAAGAUCUAUUGUUCAAAUUGGCCUUUGGUGAAGCUCUCAUGUGUGGACAGUAUUGGGAACAAUAUAUAUGGAUAUGUUUUGAUGUUUAUUCAUGUUUCUGAGGCUAUACUUAUCAUCAUUUCUUAUGUCUUCAUCAUAAGGACAUCCCUGAGAUCUAAAUCAGGCUGGGUCAAGUUUAUGCAAACAUGCUUACCUCAUUUGAUUACUUUAAUUAACUUCAAUGUGGCAUUACUAUUUGAUGUGUUAGAUGCUCGAUUUGGGUCAACUCAGAAAUUACAAGCGAUUCGAAACUUUUUAGCUGUAGAACUGCUCAUAGUUCCCCCUUUAUUAAAUCCUCUCAUAUAUGGAAUAACCCUCACCAAGAUUCGGAGUAGAAUAAUAAAAGUAUGCAAACAUCGAAUUAAAGCUGUUGGCUGA